AUGGAGGUGCGCCCUGCUUGGGCUGAGCACCGCCGUUUCCUCAGGGAAGCAGCUGACCCAAACUCACGCUCUCCAACUGCAGGACCGUCUGGAACAUCAGCUCCUAGAACAGAAACGACAAAUGCGCCAACUACUCCAACAAGUUCUUCAUCAGCCGUGCCUGGACCUUCAACGGCUCCUGGCGAAACUGAACAUAUUACAUUUGGUUCAACACCCGUUAGACAAACUUCUACCGGAACUCUCACUAGGGUCCCAUUGCCAAGAACAACUAGUGACCGAUCAACAACCAGUGCGCCUUUAUUAGACACUGGUCCGUCAAGAGUUGCCUCUUCAGCAGCUGGUUCUUCAGCUUACAGUGCUGAACUAGCCACGUACAGUGAACCUCCUGGUAACUCUAGAUAUUCAAGCAGACCUGGUUCAUCAAGAUAUAUAUCAACGAUUCAAAAUAGUAGGUUUAGUGACACGCCUUAUUCAAGUCGAAGUGGUAGUCAAGCGGACUAUGAACGGAGAAGGCAAGAAGACUUAAGCAGAGGACAAUUUCAAUGGGAACAAGGAAGAAGUCGAUCGCCCAGUGUAUUUACUUUGGACAGAAAAUUGCAUUAUUACGUUGGAAAACGAGAGAGUACUGCGUAUCAGUACUAUCCUGGAACUGAGAGAACUGAUUUUGAUUACAUCUCUGAAAGGACGGACAUGUACACUACGAAUCUUGUCGAGUCAACUGCUCAUUUGAUAAAAGGCAGCGUGGGUGCUGGAGUGCUGACGAUGCACGAAGCGUACAUGAUUGGAGGAAUGUGGACUUCAGUUGUUGUUACGAUAAUCUCCGGACUACUGAUCGCUUACACUAUGUUUAUGACAGAAGGCCUAAAUAAUUCGUUGAAUAAUAAUGUCCUGUCUUCAUUGUUCAUGGACAUACGGACGUACAUUUUGAUGAGUGCCCCUUUAUUAAUUCCGCUGUGCCUUAUCAGGAGUAUCAAGUUCAUGGCUCCGUUUUCUAUGUUGGCAGACAUUUUUGUUGCCAUAUGUGUAUUGACAACAUUGUACUACAGUCUUAUGUCAUUGAAUGAUGACAUUAUGGACAGACCAGCCUGGAAAGACUUCCAAGGUUUCGUCAAGAUUUGUGCUAUAAGUUUGUACAGUACAUCUGGAAUUUGUGUUGCUCUUCCAAUUGAGAAUCACAUGAGGAGGCCACGCCAGUUUCCUUAUGCAUUGAAACAGGCGACGAUAAUAGUGGUGAUUUUAACGGUUUUGACUGGAGUUUUCGGUUACUGGGCUUGGGGAGAAGGAUGUAAAAGUCCAAUCACAGUACACAUGCCAAUGAACACCCAGGGUUACGAGUCAAGUGGAAUUAUACACCGUGGCCUGGAGCAGAAGAAUGACCUGAUGAGGAGACCUGGGCUAUUGCCCAGUGGAUACACACGGGUUCAUCACGAUGAUAAAGUGUAG